CACCCUUUACAGUGGCACUACUGGAUUUAUUCUGGAGAGAGCAAAAGUCUGAUCAGUGAGAAAGAAGCAGAAAAAACCGUAAACAAAAGAAAAUGUUAUCAAACAAGUGAAAGACCGAUUUACGUUUACACAAAUAAUUUGUUUGCAAGUUAUGAGUUUUACUUUUGAGAUGACAUUUUUUUGCUUCAGUGAGUCAUUUUUGUUUGAAUAUAUUGGCACAAAUCGAAUUCCAUAGCUGUCGUCGCUGCUGUUGUUUGGACCUCAGACACUGCAGAAAAGCAGACGGUUUAUACGGUUAAAAUGCUCCGAAAAUCUCUGCUGAACAUCGGACUGCGAGUGAGCCGUCAGCAGCAUGAAGGGAUUCACAGAGUGACAGCGGGACUGAAUCCAGGGAAUCAUGGGAAGAUCCACCGCCGCGACGUGUCCUCCACCCCCGCCACCGUGAUGGGUGACAACGUCAAAAUAAAAACUAUGGACGAAUUAGGCGGACCAAGUUUCAUGACUACCUUAAACUGGCUUUUUUUAAAGGGAUAUUUCCAAACGACGCAACAAUUACAAAUUGAGCACAGCAAGAUCUACGGUCCUCUGUGGAAGUCAAAGUACGGCCCACUGGUGGUGGUGAACGUGGCCAGCGCCGAGCUGAUAGAGCAGGUGCUGAGGCAGGAGGGCAGACUCCCGGUCCGGUCAGACAUGCCCCACUGGAGGAGUUACAGAGAGCUCAGGAACCAGGCCCACGGACCCCUGACAGAAAUGGGAGCCAACUGGCAGCGCAUCCGCAGCAUCCUGAAUCCUCGGAUGUUGAAGCCCAAACACGUCUCCUCCUAUGCUAACACCAUCAACGGGGUGGUGACAGACUUCAUCGACAGAGUGGCCUGGCUGAGGGAAACCAGCGGCCAGGGAGUUAUGGUCAAUGACCUGACUGGAGAACUCUACAAAUUUGCUUUUGAAGGGAUCUGUUCGGUGUUGUUUGAGACCCGUAUGGGCUGCAUGAACAAUGUGGUACCCGAGGAAACCCAGAAGUUCAUCUUCUCUGUGGGGGAAAUGUUUCGGCUCUCCCCUAUGAUCGUCCUCUUCCCCAAGGCCGUCUGGCCCUACAUGCCUUUCUGGAAGCAGUUUGUGGCAGCCUGGGAUAAUCUCUUCAGAGUCGCUGAAGAGCUGGUGAAGCAAAAAAUGGAGGAGAUCCAGGGGAAGGUGAACCUGGACCAGAACGUGGAGGGGGCAUACCUCACACACCUGCUGCUCAGUGAUCAGAUGACGGUCACUGAGAUCCUGGGAAGCAUCACCGAACUCCUGCUGGCAGGAGUCGACACAACCUCCAACACUAUCUCGUGGUCUCUGUAUCUAAUGGCUCAGGAGCCAGAGAUCCAGGAACAAUUAUACCAGGAAGUGAUAAGUGUUUGCCCUGGGGACAAGGUGCCAAACAACGAUGACAUUGCUCAGAUGCCGUACCUGAAGGCCAUCAUCAGAGAGACUCUACGGCUGUAUCCAGUGGUACCAGGAAACGCCCGUGUCACUGUUGAAAACGAGAUUGUGGUUGGAGAUCAUCUCUUCCCCAAAAACACGCUGUUCCACCUGUGCCACUAUGCUGUGUCCUAUGAUGAGAAUAUUUUCCCCGACCCCCACACCUUCCUGCCACAGCGCUGGCUUCGAGGAGCGGAGGAGAAGUCCAAGCACCACCCGUUCGGGUCAGUGCCGUUUGGUUUUGGGAUCCGGGCGUGUCUGGGCAGACGGGUGGCUGAGCUGGAGAUGUAUCUCCUCCUAUCCAGGUUGAUAAAACAAUACGAGAUAAGGCCGGAUCCUGCUGGAACCACAGUUUUGCCGGUCACCAGAACCCUGCUUUGCCCUGCUAAACCAAUCAACCUGCAAUUUCUGGACAGACGAGUCGAGCAGGAGCAGCCGAGAAAAGCGGCAGGAGUUUCUCUGUGAGCUGUUUUAGUAUUCACACUGUGUUGCCUGCCUGUCACCAAGCACUUGUUUAUAGAGCGUUCACAUAAUGAGGACUGGCUGGAAUGCACCGAAACUGUGGCAUAAAAAUACAAGCUGAAUGAAGAUGUGAUAGGUUGUAUAGUAAAGAGUAUAAUGCUGUUUGUACAGCCUUUGAUUGUUGUUUCAUGGAAAUAUGAAUACUUUAUGAUUUAUUUAGUUUUAGUUCCACAAAUGUCACAUGUUUUUUUAGUUGUUAGGGCUGUCAGCACGGCUGACUGGUUCUUUACUGUCUGGAGUUUGCAUGUUCUCCUCAUGUUUGUGUGUGUGUGUUCCCUUUAGUUUCCCCAACACCAACAUACAUACAUGUAACUCCUACAAGACAAGUCUUGUGUUAUUCUAUAUAUUUUUCUUGAUGUCACAAAUCCCAUGAACAGACCAAAACCAACAAUGUGUUAGUGUGAUUUUCAAAACUUUCAGACUUCCCCACUCUGACUGUGGCAGCCAGCCCUAAGUCCCAAAGGUUAACCUUUAAAAACCUGUCCAUAAAAUAUAGUUGAAAUGGGUUAUGGGUUAUAUGUCGCAGAUAUACACUUAAGGUACACUUGUUUUAAUGUACAGCAGCAGGACAGUUUAUGUGGGAUUGAGUCAAAUUAAACCACAGUGAGUGUGUUUAUGGUAAAGAAGGAACAUGUCACCCAGUGCAACAGUGUGCCUCAGUGAUGUGUUUUUAAUAGUUUUCAGACAACAGUGGAGCUCUAUGGCACAGAGGAAUAAGAUAUAUCAGAUUUGGGAUACACAGACAAUACUUGUUCGUAGGAUCACUUCAUUGUAGGUGUUAUUCUGUUCAUGUGAUUUGUUUAAAAUAAGAAAAUUAUUGAAUAUAGCUAACCUUAUCCUUUUUUAGAAAGCACUCAGAACUGUAGUUGGUCCAUCAGCACUUGGCGGGUUUUUCGUUAGGCAGAGAUUUAGUAAGUGUUUCUUGUACAUAGAGAAAUGUAUUUUUAGGUUUUAAGAGUUUUUAGAAUUGUGAUUCAAUUUACGAUUCAAAUUCCCAGUUUGUUAUGUGUGCAGUAUAAUAUUUCAUAUGUCUCAGUGGGUUGAAAAGACGCAUCUAUUUCUAAGCUAGCACAUGUUCUCUAAAGAGGUUACGAGUAUUUUGUGAG